UUACCUCAUCUAGGAACCUGCCUGUCCUCUAUUAGUCUGCUCAUCUACCGUAAAACAUUUGUCACCUGGCUCUCUGUGUGUUACUUUGUUUCAGAUCGACAGUGUUCAGAGUCUCUUGCAGUGCCCCAGUGUGUUGAUUUGUGUGGGCCGUGAGCCCUCCCACCCCAACAUUCUGGAGAACUUCCGGAAAAACUCAGAUGACAAACUUCCACGACUGAGGCCAAAGUCACUGGGACGCUCCAGCAUGGCCGAACAGGAGAGUAAGAAAAAUGGUAUGACUAUAUCAAUCACUCACUCAAUCAAUCACUCACUCACUCACUCACUCACUCACUCACUCACUCACUCACUCAAACAUAUCAAUCAAUCACUCACUCACUCACUCACUCACUCACUCAAGCCAAUCAAUCAAUCACUCACUCACUCACUCACUCACUCAAGCAUAUCAAUCAAUCACUCACUCACUCACUCACUCAAGCAUAUCAAUCAAUCAAUCACUCACUCACUCACUCAAGCAUAUCAAUCAAUCAAUCAAUCAAUCACUCACUCACUCACUCACUCAAGCAUAUCAAUCAAUCACUCACUCACUCACUCAAGCAUAUCAAUCAAUCAAUCACUCACUCACUCAAGCAUAUCAAUCAAUCAAUCACUCACUCACUCACUCAAGCAUAUCAAUCAAUCACUCACUCACUCAAGCAUAUCAAUCAAUCAAUGACUCACUCACUCACUCACUCAAGCAUAUCAAUCAAUCAAUCACUCACUCACUCACUCACUCAAGCAUAUCAAUCACUCACUCACUCACCCACUCACUCACUCAAGCAUAUCAAUCACUCACUCACUCAAUCAAUCAAUCAAUCAAUCAUUACAUCUACAGCUGUCAUCAAGUGCUUAUAAACCAACUUACACCAACAAUAUCUUAAUAUCUUUAAAUUUCUGUCAUUUCCCAAAUAUUUCUUUCUAGAAAUAUACUGCUAUUAUGUUAAGCAAAGCAAUUCCUUUGCCAAAUGAGAAGUCACUGUGCUGGCCAUCAGAUACUGUCAAUACUGAGUGUACAAAACAUUACCAACACCUGCUCUUUCCAUGACAGACUGACCAGGUGAAACCAGGUGAAAGCUAUGAUCCCUUAUUUAUGUCACUUGUUAAAUCCACUUCAAUCAGUGUAGGUGAAGGGGAGGAGACAGGUUAAAGAAGGAUUUUUAAGCAUUGAGACGAUUGAGACAUGGAUUGUCAGAGGGUGAAUGAGCAAGACAAAAGAUUUAAGUGCCUUUGAACGGGGUAUGGUAGUAGAUGCCAGGCGCGCCGGUUUGUGUCAAGAACAGCAACACUGCUGGGAUUUUCCUGCUCAACAGUUUCCCGUAUGUAUCAUGAAUGGUCCACCACCCAAAGGACAUCCAGUCAACUUGAUACAAUUGUGGUAAGCAUUGGAGUCAACAUGGCCCAGCAUCCCUGUGGAACACUUUCGUCACCUUAUAGAGUCCCGACGAAUUGAGGCUGUUCUGAGGGCAAAAGGGGGAUGUGCAAGUCAAUAUUAAGAAGUUGUUCUUAAUGUUUGGUAUACUCAUUAUUGAUAUUCAGCAACGUAUCUGCUAAUUCUUGUAAGAACUGUAUGAACUGGUUUUACUGGAAAAUGUAGAUUUCCUCAGCGUCAGGCUUCUUGUAAACCUAACUGAUCAUGUAUGUUCCUCUCUGCUUUUCACUUCUACAGGUGGCUUAGGACUUGAGACAAAUAAAAGUGUCAUCCACUUAAGAUCUGAAUUCAUCAACCGGUCAGCCAGGCAUUCCAUAUCAUCUGACAAAUCACUCCCACCAAUCAACUCUACAUCCCCGGCCCAUGUUGGCCCCUGCCCUCAUUCAAGUGAAGGCUUGAUGGAGGAUGACAUCGAGAAAAGGGUACUAGUCAACAAAGACGGCAGCUUGUCAAUGGAAAUGAAAGUGCAUUUCCGACUACUGAACGACGAGACGCUGCAUUGGUCCACACAAAUAAAGAAGUCGGUAGGAACAGCCAAUGAACACCUCCAAGGAUACCACGACAACUGCUCUCUUCGGCAGAGCAGUGCGGAAAGCUGUUCCGAGCCGGAGCCCCUUUCACCAGGCGAGGCCGACGAUGCCUACGUCACCGAGCUGCACCAGAAGCAUCUGGAGGACCCUCACUGUCAGCACUGCUGCGGCCACUGCCAGGAGUACGAGAUCUGGAAGAGCCAUAUUUCCAGCGGGCGGGGGACUGUCCGCCACAUUACCUCCUCCAGCUCCAGUGCCUCCUCACACACCGUUGUACGUAAAAAGGGAUCGGUGGAGACCAUGUCCAGUGAGGAGAUCACCGAGCACGUGGCGGAGAAGACUGCUUGCUUUCAGCAGACUGUGGAGGAGGAAGGGGGCGACACCACGAUGGAAUACUGCACCAUCAGCCGCGGCAGCAGCAGGAACAAAGUGCGCUCGACGACGACGUCCGUCAAGAGUGAGACCAGGUCUUCCACCGGGGAGAAGAGCAAGAGCCUCAGCAAGAGCGAGUGCAUUACAACCCAGGCGUCGGAUAACGACGAGGCCACAGCUGACGGUUCAUCCUCCGCUCCCUCCAAGGAGUCUCAGAGCGAGGUCAGCGUCAAGAUCACUGACGCAGAGGAAGAGGAGCGGCCUGUGUCUGCAGUUAGUCUUUCCUCUCAGAUCCUGGCAUCGCUCAGGGAAGACCAGGAUGAUGAGGAUGACGACCUUCCACCAAGUGUUUCGAGAGCAUGUGCAUGUUCUCAGAAUAGUAAUGCCGAUGAGGAGGAACCCACUAGAAGUGCUGUUUUGAACGCAGCAGCAACACCUACGCAACAUUUAUCUCCCAGGCCUCCGAGUAGUAAGGCAUCUUCUGUGCGCUCUACCAAGUCCAAGAAGUCAGUCAAAGUUGUGUCUCUGGCACCAUCAGAUGGACAAGAUGACCAAGAAUCAAACAACUGUGAGUGUGAAGGAUCUGAUGAAGCAGAACAAGCAAUGGAAGCUGAUGAUGGAAAUGCUGAAACUGCAGCAGAAGAGGAGAGUCAAGAAGCAAACCCUUCAGAGGACACUGAAACCAAAGACCUAGAAACAAAGGAGAGGGCAAUGAGCUCACUGUCUGCCAAAUCAAAUGUCUCUACCAGAUGUAGGAAGUCCAACGUUGGGGAUUCAGGAGUUCAUUCAGGAGCGCAACCAUCAAGUGCCAUGUCAGUCAAAUCAAAUACCUCAGCCAAGUCAAGGAAGUCCAAUGUUUCAGCUGUAGAAGAUGUAGAAGUACAGGAACAUCAAACAGACAAAAGAUCCUCAAGUGCCAUGUCAGUUCAAUCAAAUGCCUCAACAAGAUCUCAGUCUAAAAUGGCAGAAGUGGCAGCUGAAGAAAACGUUACACCAGAAGAAGAUGAAAAAAGAGCAUCAAAUGCUUUGUCAGUUAAAUCUAACGCAUCAAGAAAGUCAAAGGUUUCUCAUGUUCCCGCUGAAGGAAAAGCAGAAAAGGAAUUGGAAGAAACUGAAGAGAGGGCACAUAGUGCAAUGUCUGCUACGUCUAAUGUUUCUGCAACAUUAAAGUCCAAGGUUUCUGAACUUUGUUUCAAAGAAACCGAAAGAGCAUCCAGUGCUAUGUCUGCUAAGUACAAUAUGUCAGAAAGACACAAGAAAUAUGACAUUUCUGAUGAUUCCGCUGCAGAAGAUGAUCAAACUCUUCCAGCUGAGGAAAACGAAGAAGAGGAAUUGGGAAAAGCUGAAGAGAGAGCAGCUAGUACUAUGUCUGCUAAAUCAGCCAAGUCCAAUAAACUAAGUUCAAAGAACUUCAAGGUUUCUGAACUUUGUCCAGAAGAAGAAUUUAGAGCAGCCAGUGCAUUGUCUGGAAAAUCUGCUGUUUCGGCAAGAUGCAAGAAAUCCAAAGUUGUUCCUACUGAAGAAAAUGCAGAAGUAGAACAAACUGAAGAGAGAGCAUCCAGCGCUACAUCUACUAAGUCUAAUGCUUCAGCAAGAUCAAGAAAGUCUAAAGCUUCAGAAGUUGCUGCUGAGGAAACAGCAGAAGGUGAUGUCGGGGAAACUGAGGAAAGAGCUGAAGAAAAUGCGGCAGAUGAGGUAAAGGAAACUGCCGAGGAAAACUCAGAAGAUGAGGUAAAGGAAACAGCCGAGGAAAACGCAGAAGAUGAGGUAAAGGAAACAGCAGAGGAAAACGCAGAAGAUGAGGUAAAGGAAACAGCAGAGGAAAACGCAGAAGCAGAUGAAACUGAAGAGAGAGCAGCUAGUACUAUGUCAGAUAAGUCUAAUGUUUCUGCAAGAUCAAAGAAAACCAAGGUUUCUCAACUUUGUGCUGAAGAGCGAAAUGGCAGAUCAUCCAGCGCCAUGUCUUCUAAGUACAACCGGUCAGCAAGAUACAAGAAAUACUACGUUCCUUAUAAUCCCGCUGGAGAAGAGGAUCAAACUGAAGAGAGACCAUCUAGUGGUAUGUCUGCUAUGUCUGCUAAGUCCAAUAUUUCUGAUGAUCCUUCUGAAGACAACGCAGAAGAUGAAGUUGAGGAAACUGAGGAGAGAGCACCUAGUGCUAUGUCUGCUAAGUCUAAUGUCUCAGCAAGAUCGAGGAAAUCUAAAGCUGCUGAGGAAGAAACUGAAGAGGGAGCUGAAGAAAGUGCAGAAACUGAGGUAGCAGAAGAAACAGAGAACAGAGCUCCCAGUGCUAGGUCUUUUAAAUCCAAUGUUUCUGCAAGAUCAGCGAAGUCUAAAGCUUUAGAAGUUCCUCCUGUGAAAAAUGGAGAAGAGGAAUUGGAAGAAAUUGAAGCGAGAGCACCCAGUUCUUUGUCUGAUAAGUCAACUAAGUCCAAUGUCUCUGCAACAUCAAAGAAGUCCAAGGUUUCUGAACUUUGUGUCGAAGAAACCGAGAGAGCAUCCAGUGCUAUGUCUGCUAAAUCAGCUAAGUCUAAUGUGUCUGCAAGAUCAAAGAAGUCCAAGGUUUCUGAACUUUGUGUUGAAGAACCUGAAAGAGCAUCCAGUGCUAUGUCUGCUAAGUCCGCUAAGUCCAAUGUCUCUGCAACAUCAAAGAAGUCCAAGGUUUCUGAACUUUGUGUUGAAGAACCUGAAAGAGCAUCCAGUGCUAUGUCUGCUAAGUCCGCUAAGUCCAAUGUCUCUGCAACAUCAAAGAAGUCCAAGGUUUCUGAACUUUGUGUCGAAGAAACCGAGAGAGCAUCCAGUGCUAUGUCUGCUAAAUCAGCUAAGUCUAAUGUGUCUGCAAGAUCAAAGAAGUCCAAGGUUUCUGAACUUUGUGUCGAAGAAACCGAAAGAGCAUCCAGUGCUAUGUCUGCUAAGUACAAUAUGUCAGAAAGACACAAGAAAUAUGACAUUUCUGAUGAUUCCGCUGCAGAAGAUGAUCAAACUCUUCCAGCUGAGGAAAACGAAGAAGAGGAAUUGGGAAAAGCUGAAGAGAGAGCAGCUAGUACUAUGUCUGCUAAAUCAGCCAAGUCCAAUAAACUAAGUUCAAAGAACUUAAAGGUUUCUGAACUUUGUCCAGAAGAAGAAUUUAGAGCAGCCAGUGCAUUGUCUGGAAAAUCUGCUGUUUCGGCAAGAUGCAAGAAAUCCAAAGUUGUUCCUACUGAAGAAAAUGCAGAAGUAGAACAAACUGAAGAGAGAGCAUCCAGCGCUACAUCUACUAAGUCUAAUGCUUCAGCAAGAUCAAGAAAGUCUAAAGCUUCAGAAGUUGCUGCUGAGGAAACAGCAGAAGGUGAUGUCGGGGAAACUGAGGAAAGAGCUGAAGAAAAUGCAGAAGAUGAGGUAAAGGAAACAGCAGAGGAAAACGCAGAAGAUGAGGUAAAGGAAACAGCAGAGGAAAACGCAGAAGAUGAGGUAAAGGAAACAGCAGAGGAAAACGCAGAAGAUGAGGUAAAGGAAACAGCAGAGGAAAACGCAGAAGCAGAUGAAACUGAAGAGAGAGCAGCUAGUACUAUGUCAGAUAAGUCUAAUGUUUCUGCAAGAUCAAAGAAUACCAAGGUUUCUCAACUUUGUGCUGAAGAGCGAAAUGGCAGAUCAUCCAGCGCCAUGUCUUCUAAGUACAACCGGUCAGCAAGAUACAAGAAAUACUACGUUCCUUAUAAUCCCGCUGGAGAAGAGGAUCAAACUGAAGAGAGACCAUCUAGUGGUAUGUCUGCUAUGUCUGCUAAGUCCAAUAUUUCUGAUGAUCCUUCUGAAGACAACGCAGAAGAUGAAGUUGGGGAAACUGAGGAGAGAGCACCUAGUGCUAUGUCUGCUAAGUCUAAUGUCUCAGCAAGAUCGAGGAAAUCUAAAGCUGCUGAGGAAGAAACUGAAGAGGGAGCUGAAGAAAGUGCAGAAACUGAGGUAGCAGAAGAAACAGAGAACAGAGCUCCCAGUGCUAGGUCUUUUAAAUCCAAUGUUUCUGCAAGAUCAGCGAAGUCUAAAUCUUCUGAAGUUCCUCCUGAGGAAAACAGAGACAAAGAAUUGGAAGAAAUUAAAGAGAGAGGACCUAGUGCUAUGUCUGCUAAGUCAGCUAAGUCUAAUGCUUCUGCAAUAUCAAGGAAAUCCAAUGUGUCCGUCAGAUCCAAGAAAUCAAAAGCUUCUGAAGUUCCGGCUGAAGCAGAAGUGGAUGAAAAGAAGGACGGAGCACCUAGCGCAAUGUCAAAGGUUUCUCAACUUUGUCCUGAAGAAGUAAAUGAAGAGAGAGCACCCAGCACGUUGUCUGGUAGGUCUGCUGUUUCGGCAAGAUGCAAGACAUCUAAAGCUUCUGAAGUUCCUGAUGAAGACAGCCCUGAAGAUGAAGUAGGUGAAACUGAAGAGAGAGCGCCUAGUGCUAUGUCUGCUACGUCCGAAGCUUCAAAGAAAUCCAAAGGUUCUGAAGUUCCUGCUGAAGAAGAUGAUCAAAUUAAAGAGAGAGCACCCAGCAGUAUGUCUGCUAAAUCUAAUAUUUCUGCAAGAUCAGCGAAGCCUAAAACUUCAGAAGUUCCUCCUGUGAAAAAUGGAGAAGAGGAAUUGGAAGAAAUUGAAGCGAGAGCACCCAGUUCUAUGUCUGAUAAGUCAACUAAGUCCAAUGUCUCUGCAACAUCAAAGAAGUCCAAGGUUUCUGAACUUUGUGUCGAAGAAACCGAGAGAGCAUCCAGCGCUAUGUCUGCUAAAUCAGCUAAGUCCAAUGUCUCUGCAAGAUCAAAGAAGUCCAAGGUUUCUGAACUUUGUGUCGAAGAAACAGAGAGAGCAUCCAGCGCUAUGUCUGCUAAGUACAAUAUGUCAGCAAGACACAAGAAAUACGAAAUUUCUGAUGGUCCCGCUGCAGAACAGGAUCAAACUGAGGAGAGAGCAGCUAGUGCUAUUACUGCUAAGUCUGAAGUUCCUGCUGAUGAAACCGCUGAACCUGAGGAGGAAGCUCCAGUUGACGAUAACACAGAGGAAGAAGUGGAGAUAGCUGAGGAACGAGCUUGCAGCGCUGUGUCUGCUAUGUCCAACGUUUCAGCAAAAUCUAUAGAAUCCAAUGUUUCUGCAAGACCUGUGAAGUCUAACGCUUCAGAAGGUCCUCCUGUGGAAAACGGAGAUGAAGAAUUGGAAGACAUCAGAGAGAGAGCACCCAGUGCUAUGUCUGCUAAAUCAGCUAAGUCUAAUGCGUCUGCAAGAUCAAAGAAGUCCAAGGUUUCUGAACUUUGUGUUGAAGAACCUGAAAGAGCAUCCAGUGCUAUGUCUGCUAAGUCAGCUAAGUCCAAUGUCUCUGCAACAUCAAAGAAGUCCAAGGUUUCUGAACUUUGUGUCGAAGAAACCGAGAGAGCAUCCAGUGCUAUGUCUGCUAAAUCAGCUAUGUCUAAUGUGUCUGCAAGAUCAAAGAAGUCCAAGGUUUCUAAACUUUGUGUCGAAGAAACCGAGAGAGCAUCCAGCGCUAUGUCUGCUAAGUACAAUAUGUCAGCAAGACAAAAGAAAUAUGACAUUUCUGAUGAUCCCGCUGCAGAACAGGAUCAAACUGAGGAGAGAGCAGCUAGUGCUAUGUCAGUCAAGUCAGCCAAGUCCAAUGCUUUAGCAAGAUCAACAAAAUCAAAAGCUUCUAAAGUUCCAGCUGAAGAAACUGCUGAACCUGAAGACCAACCAGAGUAUGCUCCAGCUAGUGCUGUGUCUACUAAGUCUGAAGUUCCUGCUGAUGAAACUGCUGAACCUGAGGAGGAAGCUCCAGCUAACGAUAACACAGAGGAAGAAGUGGAGGUAGCUGAGGAACAAGCUCCCGGGGCGAUGUCUGCUAUGUCCAAUGUUUCAGCAAAAUCUAGAAAGUCCAAAUCCUCAGAAGUUGAAGCUGAAGAAACUGCUGAACCAGAAGACCAAACAGAGUAUGCUACUGCCGAAGUGAAGGCACAAGAGGAAGUAGAAGAAACUGAAGAGAGAGCACCUAGUGCUAUGUCUGCUAAAUCAAAUGUCUCAGCAAGAUCUAAGAAGUCCAAAGUUUCAGUUAUUGAACCAGACCAUAAAACAGAGGAGCAAGCACUCAGUGCUGUAUCAGCUAAGUCACAUGUAUCUGCAAGAUCAAGGAAGUCCAACGUUUUUGAAGUUAAUGCUAUAGAAAAAGCUGAAGAGCAAGUUGAGGAAAAUGUGAAGAAUGCACCAAGUACUGUAUCCGCUAAGUCUGCGAGAUCAGCCAGGACCCAUGCAUCAGACAAAUCCAAAUGCAUUUACUGUAACUCCAAACCCAAAGAUAGUAUAACUUCUGAAGUGGCUGAGAGACCUAAAAGCAACAUGUCCAACGUGUCUUCUCACCUGCAAGUCAAAGGACAAAAGGACAAAAACAAUACGGAUGAUGCCAAAAGCGACAAAGGGAGUGAUAUUUCAAUGAAGACAAACAGGUCAAAGAAGACUGCCACUGGAGAUCAUGUAGACAAUCCCAGACCUAACUCUGUUGCGUCAGAGAGUUGUCUCACUCCUACCCCACCAGACUGCCCACCAACCCCAAGAAAAAUCAAACGACCUGUCAUUUUACUUAGUGGCUCAAGUGACAGUAAUAAGUCACAUGCAGCAGAUCCAGUGGAAGAGAACUCUAACAUCUCAUGCAAUGGCCCCUUGGAAGUGAUAGACAGGAAUGUCAGUGACAACAAAAGUGACAACAGUGGCAAGUGCAAACACGGGAAAGGGGUUUCCUUACUCAGUUUCUCCCGACAGCAGCUGGAAGGAGAUGUCUCUGAGCUGGUUCCUUCCAAUCUACCCAACACCUCUCCAACAGAGGUUGUGAAUGAGUGGCUUAAGAAAAUACCGUCCGACAGUGCGAUGUAUGACAUUGGGGAUGAAUUCAGUGAAAGAGGCCAUUCACCGGAAGAACUACCGCAAAAGGAAAAACCAAAAGGGGAGAUUGACACCACUGCUGAGUGUGAGACUCAAAACGAAAAGGAAGAGCUCAAAGAGACAGUGGCCAACCAUGUGGCUGACAGUGAGGAGCCAGCGGAGACCCCACCAGAGACGCCACCAGAAGACACUCGCCCCUGCACUGCUCCACAGCAAGAUGUAUCAAAGAGCUUUCACUCCUCAGUUCAGGUGAUGAAAGUCCUGUUGAAUCCCAAGCUUGACCGGUGUAACAGCUUACCUGAAGUUUCCCCAGUGUACGGACGUAAACUGAGCACAUCAGCUAGAGGUCUCCUGGAUUGCCUCGCAAAGCUGCAGUUGAUAGACUUUGAUCCAAAUGACGAUGCAAACACCAAGGACACAAGGUACAGAGAGCUAAUGAACAUCCUCCAGUCCCUUUGGUUGUGUGACCCAGCAGAAGCUGGAAAGCAACAGCAGAAUGGCUGUGAUCAACACUCUGUGGACGGUGAUGCCAAAGCGAGGUCGUCCUCUGGGGUGGACGUCAGCAGUGGCUCAUCAGGCUCAGGUAAGUGUUCAGGCGGUGUGGCUCAGGCACCGAACGCAGAGGGCGACGCAUUGGUGAAGGUACAAGAAGUUGAUGAAAUAGCACAGAAAGAUGAAUGCCCAGAGUCCUCAGCACCAAUGUCUGAUCCAGGCACUCCGGAUAUAGCCAGUCAGGUCCAAUGGAUCCCCGAAGAAGGAGGAGAAGGAGGAGGAGAAGGAGGAGGAGGAGAAGGAGGAACAGCAGUGGAAGAAGAGAAACAAAAAGAUGAAGACGUCCCGGCAUCUGAUGAUACCGUUAGAAAUGAAAGUCUGAGAGAAUUACCAGAAACACCCCCGUCUUCCAAUAAGAGCUCAGACCCUCAAGAGGACACAAGCUCUGGCUCGCCUCCGUCUGUCCAAAGGGCACAACUAACCAAAAAGGUUUCCCUGGAUCCUGAUCCUGUCUGGGUCUUGAAUUUACUGAACAAACUAGAGAAGCAGUUCAUGACACAUUAUGUGGAUGCCAUGGCUGAGUUCAAGGUUCGCUGGAACUUGGACAACAACGAACAGCUCGACGACAUGAUAGCCGAACUGAAAGAUGAUGUGCGGAGGAGAAUACAACUAAGCAUCGACAGGGAACUGAGGAAGAUCCACGGUCGGGCAGGAAGACCAAGACCACCCAAAGAAGCCUUGUCACGAGAAUCAACUGCACAAACAGAGACGAGGCGAAGAAGGCUGAAAGUCGUGCGUGACCAGUCCAUUGACAACCGGGUGGAUAAAAGCGACGAUGCAACCUGCACUUCUUUCAGUGACCAACGGAGCGACGAUGAAUAUUGCCCUUGUGAAACGUGUAUACAAAAGAAAAUGGAAUUGGGGCCACUGCUUCCUGCAGAAGUUCUGCACACUGCACCAGUCAUGAUGGCUUUUGAUCUAAAGUCAAUUCUUCAGUUGAAAAAGGACCCUACUCCAAAGACACAAGACGUUGAUGUUACAGAAACUAUGGAUGAAGCCACAUUAGUGAAAGUUAGUAUUACACAUGCUUUUGAUCUAAAGUCAAUUCUCCAGUUGAAAAAGGACAGUCCGCCACAGAUACAAGAAGAAGUCAAUGUUACAAAUGAGGCUGAAGGUGUGGAUGAAGCCAAAGCAGUGGAAACUCCUGUUGAAAAUGUUAUCAACGGGGCUAAGAAGGAGAUGGAGGAAUCACAACAAAAUGAUGCUGAAAUGGGUGACAAAGCUGAGACAGCAGAAACUGAUGUGGAAGUGACAGCUGAAGAUGAAGCAGUAGAAGAGGGGGAAGCUGAAACAGAUACUGCUGAAAAUGAAACAGCAGAAGAAGAAACUGCUGAAGCAGAAAUUGUUGAAGCUGAGACAGCAGCUGAUGAAGCACAGGGAGAGGAGGUGGACGCUGAAUCAAAGAAUGCUGAAGCUGAGAUAGCUGAAGAUGAAGCAGAAGAGAGUGGUAAAGCAGAGGCAGCAGCAUAUCAUGAAACAGCAGGAGAAGAGGAGGAAGCUGAAGCAGAAACAGCAGAAACUGAGACAGCAGAAGAUGAAGCAGGAGAAGAAGAAACUGCUGAGGCAGAGACAGCAGCUGAUAAUGAAACAGCAGGAGAAGAGGAGGAAGCUGAAGCAGAAACAGCAGAAACUGAGACAGCAGAAGAUGAAGCAGGAGAAGAAGAAACUGCUGAGGCAGAGACAGCAGCUGAUGACAAAACAUCGGGAGAAGAAGAGACAGCUGAAGUAGAGGAAGCUGAAGAGGACACUGCAGGAGAGGAAGAAGUUGAAGCAGAAACAGGAGAAGACAAAGAAGCAGCAGAAGAAGAAACUGAUAAAGUAGAGACUGUUAUAGCAGCAGGAUCAACAACAGGAGAGGAGGAGGGCACAGAAGCAGAGACAGCUGAUGAAACAGCAGGAGAGGAAGAGACAGCUGAUGCAGAGGCAGCUGAAAAUGAAACUGCCGGAGACGAGGAGAUUGCUGAGGCAGAGACAGCAGGAGAUGAAGCAGGAGAUGAAGCAGGAGAGGAGGAGACUGCUGAGGCAGAGGCAGAAGCCGCUGAUGAGACAGCGGAAGCAGAGGCAGCUGAAAAUGAAACUGCCGGAGACGAGGAGAUUGCUGAGGCAGAGACAGCAGGAGAUGAAGCAGGAGAUGAAGCAGGAGAGGAGGAGACUGCUGAGGCAGAGGCAGAAGCCGCUGAUGAGACAGCGGAAGCAGAGGCAGCUGAAAAUGAAACUGCCGGAGACGAGGAGACUGCUGAGGCAGAGACUACAGAUGAUGGAACAGCAGGAGAAGAGACUGCUGAAGAAGAAGCAGCUGAAGGGGAGAAUGCAGGAGAGGAAGAAAGUGUUGAAGCUGAAACAGCUGGAGACGAAACUGCCAAAGAAGAGGAGGAUGCUGAAGUAGAGGACAGCUGACGAGGAAACUGCAGAAGCUGAAACGGUUGAAAAUGGAACAGGCAUAGAAGAAGAUGCAGAGAAAGCUGAAAAUGAAACAGCUGAAGGGGAGGAGGAUGCUGAAUCUGAGGCAGCAGAAGAGGAAGCUGCCAGAGACGAAGAGACAGUGGAGGCAGAAACCACUGAUGAUGCAGCAACGGAAGAGGAAGCUGAAAAUAAAACAGCAGGGGAAGAGGAGAUUGCUACAGCUGAGACUGCAGACGAUGAGACAGCUGGAGAACAUGAAACCACAGGGCAUGAGUCCGCAGAAAAUGAAACAACUGGCGAUGAGUCUGCCGAAGUUGAAACAACUGGAGAUGAGUCGGCACCAGCUGAAACUGCAGGGGAAGGGACAGCUGAUGAUGAAACAGCAGGAGGGGAGGAGAGUGCUGAAGAUGAAACAGCUGAAGCUGAAACAGCUGAGGGAGAAGAGCAGACUGCCGGAAAUGAAACUGGAGGAGAUGAGAAUGAAAAUGCAGGAGAAGAGUCAGCAGAAGCUGAGGCAGUUGAAGACGAAGCAGCAAGAAAUGGAGCUGAAGAUGAAGCUGAGGAGAAUUUAGAAAAGGGGGAGGAUGAAACAGCAGAGGAAAAAGAGCCAGUAGUUGAGUCAAACAUUGAGGAGACGGAGGGUCAUGAUGACGUAUCGGAGAUAAAAGCAGACGAUGAGGCGGAGGAGGGAGCAACAACAGAUCAAGAUAUGGUUCAGGAGGAGACAGGAACAGAACAAGAAGAGGACGCAAAUGCAGGAGACGAGGCAGGAGACAAUGCAGGAGACAAUGCAGGAGACAAUGCAGGAGACAAUGCAGGAGACGAGGCAGAAGAAGCAAAGACAAACGAAGUAAACACAGAGGACUUUGCAGAUGGAAGCCAAGACCAAGCCGAAGACGUUGUGGAGGAGUUUGAAAAAGAAGAAGAAGCGGAAACCACGGAGGGCAAUGAGACAGCCAAUGAAGAGGAUUGUUGUGGAAACUUUGGGUACUCAGCCGACGGAGAGGAUGAAGCUGAGGAUGAGUCUGAGUUGGAAGUGUCGACAGAUGAGGGAGAACAAUCAGAGGUGACAGCUAUCAGGGGGAACAACUUGAAGGAAACUGUUGAGGAAACUCCAAUGACCUCAUUCAAUGCCUUGGCCUUAGCAGAGUACUCUGAAGACGGUGCUUACGCCGACGUUGAGGAUUCAGAGACUGAAGGAAACAAUGAGGAGUCAGAGGACCAAGGGGACAAAGAAGAAGGGGAGGAGGGUGGUACGGCAGCAGAUACUGAGGCUGAGCUUCAGGUUGAGGAGACUCCAGUUGAGGAGAUGCAGGAGGAGGAGAAGGAGGAGGAGGCGGAGACUCCAGUUGAAGAGACUCCUGUUGAGGAGUUGCAGGAGGAAGCGGAGGAAGAAGCUGAGGAGAUGGAGGAAGUUGAGAUGGAGAAAGUUGAGGAGACUCCUAUUGAGGAGCUGAAGGAAGAAGCUGAGGAGGAGCAGGCUGAAGUGGAGGAGGAGGCUGAGGAAGAUGAAGCUGAAGAUGGGGCAGCUGAGGAGGAGCAGGAGGAAGUUGAGGAGCAGCAGGCAGCAGCUGAGGAGGAAGCUGAGGAGGAAACUGCUGAAAAUGAGGAGGAGCAGGGGGAAGUUGAGGAGCAGCAGGCAGCAGCUGAGGAGGAAGCUGAGGAGGAAACUGCUGAAAAUGAGGAGGAGCAGGAGGAAGUUGAGGAGCAGCAGGCAGCAGCUGAGGAGGAAGCUGAGGAGGAAACUGCUGAAAAUGAGGAGGAGCAGGAGGAAGUUGAGGAAGAGAAGGAGGAAGUUGAGAAGGAGAAGGAUGAAGCUGAGGAUGAGCAGGAGGAAGGGUUGGAGGAAGCUGAGGAAGAUACUGCUGAAAACGACGAUGCUGUUCAGAAAGAGCCAGCUGAUGAGGGGGAUGACGUCACAAGCAAAGGACAGUCUGAAGACGACGGUGAUGGUGAUGGACCUUCUGGGACAUCUAAAAAGAGCCUACAUUGUCAGCCCACCAAGUCUUCCAUGGAAUCACAACCAGGCUCACUUGACAAAGUCCUGGACGAAGAGGCAGAGAGAGAAUCCAACAGCGAGAAGAGUUCACAGACAGGUUCAGGGGAAGGGUCGGGCCACCUCCUCUCUGUGAAGAGCAACCCGAUGUACCCUACAGACACAGACGACGAAAGCAGGGUGUCAGAAUACACAGAGACAGCCAGCGAGGUCCUCGACCGACAAGUCGUUUCCCCAAAGAAGAAGACUCCGAAGAAGUCUCCAGGAAGAUCUGUAAGGUCAAGCAAGGUCAAGGAAGGUGACAUUGAUCAAGACGAUCUUGACUUCUAA